AUGAAUUCCUUCUUCUAUUCCACCAAACACGCCAAGACAUCAUACUACCACAUCCCCUCCACCCUCAACUUAGAAGACGUCCAACAAAUCCUCCACAACCACUCUACCCUAGCACAUAUAUUCUGGCCCCAAUUAGUAAACGAUCCAGAAAACCUUCUUUUCGAGAACCAAACCGGUCCUAGUACUACGGAAAUCCAAAUUCGCCCAGCAUCAGGUUCCGGUCCCGGCCCUUCCGGGACAAAAUGCAAAGCUAGCAUAACUUCUCACCACGAGGCCAGAGAGGUCGUCGUCGCUGAGGAAAUGCCUCUCGGGCUUCGAAUGACGCUGGUUUAUAGGGUUUCUGACGAGCCUCCGCAGGGUAUAUCCGCAGAAGAGGGUGAUGGCCUGCUUGCGUUGGCUGACUCGCAGCCUUCUACGUCGCUCUCGGGCACUGGGUCACGAAUAGGCCUGUAUCUGCAGGUGGAGAGAUCAGUAAUGGCACCGAGACCUCUCUCAAUGCUGGUCAAGACGACAGACGGGCCGAUUGUCAAGACGAAGAAUCUGUUGUUCGUUUUAGAUGAGUUAGGGAAUGGGAAGAAGUUGGAUGCUGCGUUGGAUGCUCUGAAUGAACUGGGAGAGUCGGAUGAUGAAGGAGACGAGGUGUUGGAGAAGUAUAAGGCGGAUUGA